AACAGCCGUUCUUUAUAUGCUUCUGGGCUCGCGCUCCCGCGCACACACUGCGCACACACACACACAAACACAAAGAUGGAGAGGGUAGCAACACUGGUCUCUUGUAUAGCGGCCGCGACCGCUAUGCUGCUUGCGGUGGCAGCAGCCGCAGCGGGGAGUGGCGGCGGCGGCUGCACGCGGAGCUGCGGCAACAUCAGCGUGCCGUACCCGUUCGGCGUGGAGGCCGACUGCUACUACCCCGGCUUCAACCUCACCUGCAACCACUCGUACCACCCGCCCACGCUCUUCCUCGUCGACGGCGCCGGCACGUCCCACCAGGUGCUCGACAUCUCCAUCUCCAACUCCACGGUGCGCAUCAACAGCAGCCUCAUCGCGUUCACCAAGUCUGCCGACAAGCAAGCCGUCAUCAACACAACGUGGGAGGUGAGAGGCCCGUACUACCUGUUGGAUGAUCCUUCCAAUAUGGUCGUCUUGGUAGGCUGCCAAGCGCGGUUCGACGUCCGGGGAGGAAGCAACAACACCCUGAUCAGCUCCUGCACCGUCGUGUGCCCAUCACCUGAUCCUAGCACCACCUACAUCGGAGCUGGCGACGGCUCCUGCUCGGGCGUCGGCUGCUGCCAGGCGAACAUCGUCCUACGCUACUCUCGCUACACCGUCCAGAUCCACGACCUGCAAGAGCAGGAUGCGCCGUCGUCCAGUCCUACUUUUAAUGAUGGCUCGGCGUACAUAGUAGAUCAGCCAUUCAAUUACACCGGCCUUAUGAUUUUCGAAAAAAAUUUCCCUCAAGCGCUCCCAGCCAUGCUAGACUGGUUCAUAGUAGGUGAUAAUUCGACAUGCCCGAUGUCGACGAAUGAGUCUGCGCCUGCGCCUGCGUCCGCUGCCGAGUGUCGCAGCGUGCACAGCUUUUACGAAGGUUACUACGGUGACGUUUCUGACGAUGUGGUGGUGGGGUAUCGGUGCCGCUGCUCUCCGGGUUACCAAGGAAAUCCUUACGUAAAAGAUGGAUGCUACGAGAAAGGUUGCGUUAAAGCUUCAUUCUCCAACUGAGAGACUUGCGGGACAUCCACUAUUCUAUUCUCAUCAAAUUGCAGAGAAGAGUCUUCAGGAG